UUAGAACAAAUUGCGCAAAAAGUUUUAUUAAAGGAUUCUGAUACUAACCAGUUGUGUAGCAAUCCCUCUCUUGAGAUUAAAGCAAAGGAAUUGAAAAAUGAAUUGGAGAAAGUUAUGCAAAAUUCAUCAUUUAAGGAUAGGUUAAUUUUCUGUCUCAGGUCUAGGUCAAUUAAUGAUUCAAAAAUAGGUAGUGCAGAAGCAGAUCCAGUUUCAUCAUCCAAUGAUUAUAAGCGAGGUGAAGCAGUAGAAGAG